AUGAUAGCAAAAGCGCAAAUUGCACGCAUUAUUAUCACAUUUGGAUAUGGCAUGAUGGGAGCGGCCAUUAUUGUUAUGCUUAUUUUGCCUAUAUUUGGUUACUCGAUACUUGAAAGUAAACAGCACUUAACAUUUUUAAACUUGGCAUAUUUUGUAAGCAUUGUUACCAAUAUAUUUGGUCACAUGUGCAUGUACUGCGCUGUUGGCGAAAUAUUGACAGCUAAGUGCGACAGAAUCCACUAUGCUGUAUAUUUCAAUGAAUGGUAUACUUUCAAUGCAAGAAAUUCUCGAGACUUAGUUCUUCUAAUGUUAAGAACCAAUAAGCCUCUUCAUCUUCACUUCGGUAAAUUGUUUCCUUUAACAAUGGCUACAUUUUGCAGUCUAUUAAAAACGUCAGCUGGCUAUAUAUCUGUUUUACUUACAACAAGGAGUCAAUGA